AGUGACGGAGGAGGCGGAGAAACACAACUUUUCGGCGGUCAAGAUCAAGAAGAAUGGCUUCCAAGUUCUACAGCCUCACCGCUAAACUGUUAUCCGGAGAAAUAUUCAAUUUCUCGGUCUUGCAGGGGAAAGUUGUCCUCAUAGAGAAUGUGGCGUCUCUCUGAGGCACGACCACCAGGGAUUACACCCAGAUGAACGAGCUCCACGAGCGCUACGCCAGCAAGGGGCUCGUGAUCCUGGGAGUUCCCUGUAAUCAGUUCGGCCAUCAGGAGAACUGCAAGAAUGAAGAAAUCCUGCUGUCCCUGAAGCACGUCCGUCCCGGGAAUGGCUUCGAGCCAAAGUUCCAGCUCUUGGAGAAGGUGGAUGUGAACGGGAAGGAUGCCCACCCUUUGUUUGCCUUUCUGAGGGAGCAGCUCCCCACCCCCAGCGAUGACCCCGCACCCCUGAUGACCGACCCCAAGUUCAUCAUCUGGAGCCCGGUGUGCAGAAACGACGUGGCCUGGAACUUUGAGAAGUUCCUGGUGGGGCCGGAUGGGACGCCGUUCAAGCGGUACAGCAGGAGGUUCCUCACCAGCGACGUGGAAGGAGACAUCAAGAAGCUCCUCAGCCAAACCAAGUAACAUCUUCAAGCCGUCCAGUGCUUCCCUCCCUCCCUCCAACUCCACCUGUGCUUCCCUGCAUUCGAUGGCUGCUUUGUUCCUUUACUACAUGAAGACAUCCUCUGAAAGCGAGUGAGGAGGGCGUCUGAUGACAUGGAAAGGUUCAAACGUUUUCAGCUGCAUUGGCUGCAUGUAAAGCACAGUUGUGGUGUUUUUUUGAGGACCAAUAAAUGUUUGUGACCAAA